UGCCAACAUCACACUGUGACACUCUACCUCUCACUUAAACUCCAAGGCGAUUCAGUAUGAACUACUGCGUCGACUAGUCGAAGUAGCUUGCCAAGCAGAAUGCAAGAAAGAAACAGGCUUCAGUAACUCUUGUUUGCAGCUGAGACAAAAAUGGUGCAACGGUUCAGCAAUGGCCUCCCAAGUAGGAGCAUACAUCCUCCUUCUGGGUUGACUGUGUAUAUCGUGCUUCUUGUUAUUUCUAAAUUCCUGAAAGCAGUAGGCUUAUAUAUUGCCUAUGACCUCCUGAAGGUCAUUCCUGUGGUUGUGUUUCUUUUCUUCUUAAAAGCAGGGACCUCAGUGCCAUUAGUGCUUCUGCAAAAACCUUUCACAAAUGGGCCGAGGCUAUCAAAGCAUCAGUGGUUCAGAAUCUGGAGACAUGCCUUAUUUGGCAGUGGGAUCAGCUAUUUAUGGAUGUUUGGUCUUACUCAGUGUGGGCCUUUAAGAUCAAUAGUGUUGUUUGAAAACACAGACAUUGUGAUACUGGCAGGGGCCAGUGCCUUAUUUUCUUCUAAUGGGGGAGGAGGUCCAUCAAAGGCAAGGGGAGCCAUAUUCUUUCUUGUUGGGGUGUUGGCCCUCUUAGUUUUUGAUCAUGAUGAGAAACUAAAUGUGCUUGGAGAUCAGGAUGGUGAGACCAUCCAUCAUCAUACUAUCUUUCAUCACUUUUUCAAGCAUGGUAUUGAUUUUCUAGGCUGGUCUGAUCACAAGGGUGGUGUACUGCUCCUAUUUUUCACUCUCUGCUUGAACUGCGGCUACAAUUCUGCAGCCAAGAAGUUGUCAGUGGAAGUUGGCGGGGCCAAGAGACUCCACAGUCUGUCCACUGUUGUGUCAACUGCUUUCCUGUGGCCCUGGGCAUGUUUUAUAUUCUUUACAAUGGAGACUGAGGUCCAGUCUUGGUUCUCCGUGUUCUUCCCAUUGACUCUAGUCAUUCUGUUUGUGGGGGUGUUUGACUUUUACAUCGAUGGCCUAGCAACCAGUCAUCUCCAGCCUUUGAAGGCUGCCUUCCUGGCACCGCUGGCUAUAUUCAGUGCGGCCAUAUUUCUCAGCCUUACGUGGACUCACCCCUAUGUGACCAGGGUGACCACCAUGCACAAGCUUAACGACAUUGUCACAGAGGAUCAUGUCCUGUCUGCUGGAGUCAUUUUCAGUGUGUCCGCUUUCCUCUUGGCCACACGUAUGUUGAUGGCCCGAGACAGAGCAGCAAAAGGCAGUUUUAUUGGCUACAACCCUGCAGGCCUUCCACUCUACUCCAUUUCAAGUGAAGCCCUUCAAAAGACAUCUCAGUCUGUCCUCUCUGUCUUGAGAAAUGGGCUGAGACAGAUCUUAGACGAUGGAGACUCCAGGAAGAUUUUCUAUUUUCUUUGCAUAAAUCUGGGUUUUACAUUUGUGGAGCUUCUGUAUGGUGUGUGGACCAAUAGCUUGGGUUUGAUUUCUGACGGAUUCCACAUGCUUUUUGAUUGUUCUGCGUUGGUGAUGGGUCUCUAUGCCUCCAUCAUGGUGAGAUGGAAAGCCACCAGAAUAUUUUCAUACGGAUAUGAUCGUGUGGAAGUGCUGUCGGGUUUUAUCAAUGGCCUAUUCCUGGUGGUCAUUUCUUUCUUUGUCUUCAGUGAAGCUUUUGGGCGGCUCUUUGAACCCCCAGAAGUAAAGACAGAGAAACUACUGACUGUUUCAGUACUUGGGCUUCUAGUCAAUCUGGUAGGAAUAUUUGCAUUUCAAGGUCAUGGCCACAGCCAUGGUGGUGGUCAUGGUCACAGUCAUGGUGGAGGUCACGGCCAUAGCCAUGGCGGAGGUCAUGGCCAUAGUCAUGGUGGGGGUCACAGCCAUGGUGGAGGUCAUGGCCACAGUCAUGGUGGAGGUCAUGGCCACAGCCAUGGCACAUCUUCGUCUGAGCCUGCCUCAUCUUCUGGGGGUUCACACAGUCAUGCUCAUCACAACACCAACAUGGAAGGUGUGUUCCUUCAUGUGGUGGCUGAUACCAUGGGCAGCGUCGGAGUCAUCAUCUCUACGCUUUUGAUUGAACACUUUGGUUGGAACAUUGCGGAUCCCAUCUGCUCCCUGUUUAUAGCAGCAUUAAUAUUCUUAAGUGUUAUACCUUUGCUGAGAGAGACUGCUGUGAUCCUGCUCCUGAGAUCUCCUCAACAGAUUGAAAGUUCCCUCAGCUCAGCAUUAGAUAAGAUACUAACGAUUGAAGGGGUGUUGUCGUAUCGAGAACCUCAUUACUGGUCACACACUGCCAGCAAAGUGCAUGGCAUGGUGCACCUACAAGUUUGGCCUCAAGCUCAGGAGCAGAGAAUUAUAGCACAGGCUACAUCAAUCUUCAAAGAGGCUGGAGUGUCGAAUAUGACAGUUCAAGUGGAGAAGCAGUCUUACUUUUUCCACCUGUCUGGUCUGGGAGCAAGUCCAGUCAACAUCGCCCAGUUUGCUCAACAGCCUCAUCUUAGAUCUGUGGAUGAUCCUCUCAGUGUGAAAGCUGUAUAAUUUAUGAACUUAUUAGCCUUCUGUGUGAACUCCUGCUGAGUGAAGACUGUCUCAAAAGUUGAGGAGUGUGUACAGGCUUGUGUUUGGACUAUGGCAGUGAUAGUGAUAUAAUUGGUGUUGGGAUACUUUUUCUUUGUUUUGUACAUGAAAAACAGCAUGAAUGAGCAAAAGUAGUUUCUAUGCUUCCUCAUUUAGAAAGGCAAAGUAGGACGAACAUACUUAUUGGCUUUUCUGUUGUUCGGGAAACACAGAAUGAUGUGCGGUAUCCCUCUUCCCUGUCUUUCUCAUUCUUUAUUCUGGCUUGUGUUAUGUAUGUCCAUUUACAUUUCAUUAGCUUACUGUUGAGAUACUGUAUGGUGGAAAUUCUAUCUCUCUUUUUUUUUCUUAUUUAAUACUCUUUUUCACAGACAAAUUUUGUGAAGUUUUGGAGAUCAAAUUCAGAGUCAAGUGUGCUGGGAACUGUGAAAGAUUCAGUGAUAUCUGAAUUAGAAUUCAAUAUGUCGUAAGAGACGUUCGAAGGCAGUCAUUGUGUGAAUGCUAAAGGUUGAUAGGAGAUCUGAGUAAAAAAAUACCCUUUGUGUAUAGCAAACAAAUUAUUGUGAUUUCUUCAUAUCAUAUUGCUAUUGUAAAAUGUAUUUUUUUCUUUAAAAUGCUUUUGUUCUGUAUUUUACUUUUCAGGAAGAGAAACAUAUAUUAUAUUUUGAAGCUGAAAUCUGAAUUGUUUCAAUGUCAUAUGUGCCCAUUUCAUCAAUGUUAUGUUCUAUUUUAGGGUGUAUAAAGAUAGAAAAUGACAGCGUAAAAAUGUUGAAAGGUGAAGGUGGACAAGUUUUGAAAAAAUGUGUCAUGUUUAAAUUCUGUUCAAAAACGCCUGCUUAUUUUACAGUUCAGAUUUCUUUCUUUUUUUGAGGAAAUUAGCUGUUCCCAUACAGCCGCACACAGGAUUACUUUACCAUGAAGGGUAAUGUUAGAUAGUCAAUGGCCUCCCAGUUUAAAAACAGUCGGGCUUUGAUUAAAAAGCAGUGGGACUAAUGGCUGUACUAUGUCCAAUGUUGGGUCCCUGAAAAAGUCAGGAUAACUGUGCACUUAGACCAAAGAUCCGUGACCGUCCAUCACACGGGCACACCAAUUCAAUUCUUAUAUCUCGCUUGUUAGUGUUCAGACUGAAGUUAUGUCUCCACACAUUAAAGGGAGUUGAUAGAUUAACGGUCUCAAGUCCAUCUUGUUUGCUCUACAGCGGUUAUAAAAUUUCUUCCAUCAAGUUCUGUAAAUUAGGGCAAGUCGAGCCAGGCUAAUUUUUCAAACACAAUUUUUGUUGAAAUGGUUAAAUCUGAAAUCAUAUACAUACUCUUGGUCAAAUUUUGUUGUGAAAACAUACUAAAUAUUAUAGAUUCCUGAGAAAAUACAAAAAUAGACCAGCAAUAUGGCUUCAGUUUGCUCCUGGUGAAAAGGCACUCUGAUAAAAAGACACAUGUUGUGGUAUGAAUAUGAGGUCCCUAGUCAGUUACCAUCACUUAAACGGACGGACAGACACAGGCUUUUUGUCUGAAUGUGCCUUAAGCCAUUUCUACAGACUUUUUCAGCCUCAAGGAAAUCUACUUUGUGUGUAAAUCUAUGCAUGUACCUGUGACCUGACAAUCAAAAAGGAAUGAUUAAUUGUCUAAAGUUCAGUUGGACGCAAUCGUGUUGUUGCAAUUUACAGUAUGUGAUUCACAGUUGUGUUAAGUCUGUUUUAUGUGUGUUUAAUGAAAGAGGGGAAUUGGUGGACUCUGUCUACUCUUCACCUCAUGAUAAGAAUCAUGUAAAACUGGGAAGCCAUAGAUGUCUAAUUUGUGUAACCUGUUUUGGUCAUUACUCUUUCUUUGGCAGUAAAUAGGUCUGAGUUUGGCAGCUGUUAUGCUUUUAAGCAAUGACAAAUGGCAUUUUGAUAAGUUAAAACAGGGUUUAUAAGUGCUGGUGGCAAGAAUGGUACUCUUUUCCAUUUAAUGCUCCGCAUUGAAAAAUCUUGCGGGGGGGGGGGGGGGGAUGCUGUAUGUUGUCAUAAUGCUAAAGUACUUGUGAUCUUGCUCUCAACUUACCCAUCUUUGUUUAAAUCACUAAUACUUUCAGUAAUUUGUGACAUGUUAUGAAACAUUAUUUUUCUCACUGUGUAUCAGUAUAUUCAUUGUAAAUUUUUCUUCGCUCAGAAUAGAAAAAGGUACAUGUUUAUUGUUUCUUUUUGACAAUACCUCUCUUGCAGUUUAAUGAAUACAUGUCAAUGCCCUGGACGUUAACACUUAGAAUAAUACUCUAACUGGUGGGUCUAAACAUGCGUUUGACUAUAUUUUUGUCAGAAGUACUGUUGGAUUUGGUCAGAUAGUGCACUGUUAUGUUUAAAGAGCAGUAAGCAAAGAUAUAUUCUUUAUGGAAAGCUCAUUGUAGGGGAACUUUUUAUCUUUUUUGGUUUAGUCAAGGAUGUGUCUUAGUUCAUAUUAUAAAGCCAUGUGAGCUUUUGGUUAGAGGGGUUCUUGGCUAUAAGUUUACACUUUGACUUAUGAUUUAACCAGUGUAGUGUGAUAUGGGUGGCCAUUAGCCUUGAAUAUAAAGACAGCUUUUUAUUCUGCUCAGAAAUGAACAUCGACAGAAAAAAACUCGCACAAAAAGUCAAGGAACAAAAAUUCAAAGAAAGAUAACUGAAGAACAGUUUAUUCAUUUUUU